AUGGGUGUUCCUGACCAUCAUGAGCACGAGCGCACGACGUCCGAGGAUGCACGUCCGCCUUCACGAUCGGCGAACUUGCGAGAGGAGCAAGAUCAUCCCAGUGCGCUCCCAGUUGGAUUCGCUCGGGGAUUAGUUAUCACCUUGGCUUGCACACUUGCCAUGGUGAAUAAUAUCAUGUCGGGAGCCUCGAUAUCUAUUGCAUUGCCCGAGAUAGGCAAGGAUUUGGGUAUAUCCCAAGCCGAUCUCCAGUGGCUGGUCUCUGCAUAUUCUCUAACUUCGGGAUGCUUUCUCUUGUUGUUCGGUCGGCUAGCAGAUCUCUUUGGACGGAAAAAGGCAUUUUUGCUCGGAAACGUUUGGUUCUUGGCAUGGGCAAUUGGCUGUGGUUUCGCACCCGACGCCAUUUCGCUCGAUGUCAUGCGUGCUCUUCAGGGCAUGGGGGCAGCAGCGACAAUUCCUUCUGCGGUCGGUAUCCUUGCACACGAGUUUCCCCCUUCAGCAGCCCGAUCGAUCGCUUUUGCCACUUUUAGCGCUGGUGCGCCUCUGGGAGGUGCGAUCGGGUUCGUCAUUGGCGGACUGAUGACCGAAUACACCAGUGUCCGAUGGAGAGGGGUCUUUUAUGUCAGCGCCGGACUUGCCGCGCUCACUAUUCUCGCUGGUGCCUUGGGAAUUCAUAGAGACACACCCUCGGAGGAGCAGGAUCGACGGAUCGACUGGGUCGGUGCAUUCUUGUCCACCGCUGCCUUGGUCCUUUUGACGUUCUCGUUGGCCCAAUCUUCCUCGGCACCGGACGGCUGGCGAACGCCUUACAUUCCCGUGAUACUCGUAAUAUCCAUCUUGUUAUUGGGUUGCUUUGUCUAUUGGGAACACUACCUCGAAACACGCACUAGCCGACCUCCGCUCAUGCGUCUAGGACUAUGGACUCGCGCCAACGGGAAAUUCGCAGCCAUUCAAUUGGUUGUCCUCUUCAACUGGUCGUGUUUUACCACUUGGCAGUUCUUUGUCACAUGGGUGUUUUAUUGCUCUCCAUCUACUCGUUUCUUAACAAUAUUGCUAGCUACCAAGAGUAUUUGGGGCUGUCUCCUAUUACUCCCCAUGUCGGUCAGCGGGUUACUUUGUAAUCUCGUCAUCGCUCUCUUUAUUGGCCGCAUCUCGGGAACAAUACUCAUCGCGGUCGGAUGCUUCUUCACCGGACUGGCCGCACUACUCUUUGCAGUGAUAAAACCAUCGCUCACAUACUGGGCAUUCGGCUUCCCAGCCGCAGCCGUAGUCGUAUUCGGAGCCGACUUCAUGUUCGCGACCGGCUCCAUCUUCGUUGCCAAAGUCGCACUCCCGCACGAACAAAGUCUGGCCGGGGGGAUCUUCAACACGCUCAACCAGCUCGGUACCGCAUUCGGCCUGGCCAUCGCGAGCGUCGUCAAUAACAGCGUGUAUCGCCAGUCGGUGCGCGCGUCGGGGGACGAGGUCGAGUCGUUGCUUUUAGGGUACCGCGCUGCUUUUUGGACUUGUUUUGGGUUUGGUAUGGCAGCGCUGGUUCUUACUUUGGUUUUCCUCCGUGGGAUUGGGAUUGUAGGGCACGAGACGAAGAGUGAUGAUGAGGGGUCUAGAGAAAAGGGGGGAGUGUAA